UAAAAUGUCACUAGAUCGUGGUGGUGAAAAAUUCUUCCUUCGCGAUGAAGUUGUGGUGCGCAACCAAAUCGACAGUGCGUGGGUUAUAAUCCAUGGGAACGUAUUCGAUAUUACGAGUCUGUUCGACGCUAACUCAAGCUCUCUCAAAAAGGUUCAUCAAUUGCUUCUCGCUCUGGCCGGUAAAGACUUGAGCGUUUACUUUGAUACACAACGGCGACCGGUGUAUCGAAUCAGUAAGGAUGGCGCUAGGGUUCCUGUUUUUCCACCGGUGAAAAUACGAAACAGUGCCACAGGCGAAUAUUGGUGGAAUGAUCGAAGUUUAUUGAUAGGGAAGAUUACAGCUCAGGAAAGAAAAAUUCGGGUAGUGAAUAAUGUAACAUUUCAGCAGUGCAAUUUGGUGGUGUGCGAAGAGGACACCAUUGCAGAAAUUCGGCGAAAGUUUCUUCGAUUUAAUGACAAUGGUUUUAAUUACCGCUGGAGAUCGAAUAUUAAUUUGACUGACACAGCGGCUGAUUUACAACUUGAUAGGACGUUGACGGGGAAUGGAAUUAUUUACGAUCGCUACCCACCGGCGCCCCUCAUUUGGUUAUUUUAUCAGAUUCCGGAUGGAAGUGAAGCAGAAGAAACCACACCGUCAGCGCCUGCCAACAACAGUCGACCAGCAGCUCAGGUAGCAAAUUGAAGAAUGGCGUUCGGCCGGAAGUUCAUCUGUGAAGGGGUAAACGUUACAAUUUCACUAUCUCUGGUGAACGAGGGUGGCCGAGUUGAACGAAAAAGACAAAAGACCCACUAAGCAAUUACAUUAGCGGUUGGGAAAGUGCGGGAAAGAA